AUGAUUAUCCUCGAACAGAACAAUCGCAUCAUUACCGAACUUUUGGAAUUGAAAUUUACAGCAGCCAGAGAAGGGAGUAAAUUAGAAAAAGUGGAUGUGAAGUUUGCUGAUUUUGAUGGCGUUAUUUACCAUGUGUCAAGUCCUGAUGGUAAUCGUACCAAAUUAAUGCUUAGUAUUUCGUUGAAGUUUUACAAGGAAUUACAAGAGCAUGGAGCUGAUGAAUUGCUUCAUCGCGAAUAUGGGAAUUAUCUAUGUGCAGAACCUGAACCUGGCUAUAAUGUAUCACUGGUCUAUAAUUUGAAUGAGUUGCCUGACAACCCAACAAAGAUCAUCAGCCAAGCUUCUCAUUUGAAACGAAAUUGUUUUGCAUCUGUCUUUGAGAAGUAUUUCAAUUUUCAAUCGCAAGGUCAGACGGGGGCAAAAAGAGCAGUAAUUCAUUAUCGAGAAAAUGAAACUUUGUACAUAGAAACAAAGGUGGACCGAGUUACCGUAAUUUUCAGCACAGUAUUUCGUGAUCCGGAUGAUGUAGUUAUCGGGAAAUUAUUUUUACAGGAAUUCCGAGAAGGACGCAAAGCAUCGCAGACAUCACCUGCAGUGCUUUAUUCAGUUGGUGAGCCACCACUUGAAUUACGUGAUUGUCCAGAUGCACGCACCGGAGAAAAUGUUGGAUAUAUUACUUUUGUAUUAUUUCCACGACAUACGAAUGUACAGGCGAGGGAAAAUACAAUCAAUCUAAUCCAUACAUUCCGUGAUUACCUUCAUUAUCACAUUAAAUGUUCCAAGGCAUAUAUGCAUUCAAGAAUGAGGGCCAAAACAAAUGACUUCCUGAAGAUUUUGAAUCGAGCACGACCGGAAGGACGUAUAGAGAAGAAAACAUUCUCGUAUAUAUUCAGUUUCUCUUAUUUGUAA